GCACUAAGGCAUAGAUAUACCAUCACCAACAACGAAAAUGGAAACCAUUUUGAGGGCACUUUGCUGGAUUGCAUUUCUUGUCCUAUUAACAUGUAUUCCAAGAGGAAGUGCUCAAGAUAGCUCUUGCCUUAAUAAGGUUUCACCUUGCCUAAACUACCUCAAUGGCACCGAAGACCCACCUGAUAGUUGCUGUGAACCACUUAAAUCUGUGAUUGAAUCAGAUGCAGAAUGCCUAUGUAGCUUGGUGAGCAACAGAGGCACAAGGCAAGCAGAACAAGCUGGCAUUAAUAUCAAUGAGGCUCAGCAAUUGCCUGGUAGAUGUGGCCAACAUGUCAAUCCAUUGUCCUGCCUCACAAAUUCACCUGGUCCGACGAACUCAGAUAGAAACUCAGCAACAAAAUUGGUGCACGUGUCUAGUGGAAUUGUUAUGAUGAUCUUAUUUUUCUCAAUUAUUGCACAUGUAUAGCCAGCAUUGGUUUAGGGACAUCACACUCCUGGCAGAGAUUUCUAAAGGAACAGAUUGAUUUUCUUUUCACCGUUAUUCUUUUUGUUAUACUAGAGUGUGGAUUAUAAAUUGUUGAAUGUUGAAAUAUACCUCUAUUUAUUUCUAGUGUUCUGAAAUUUGGUACUA